AUGACUACCUUCAUGAAGAAACAAGCUAAGUUUGAGUGGAAUGAGAAUUGUGAGGAAGCAUUCCAAGCUCUAAAGAUGCGUUUGACAACCGCCCCAGUGUUAACUCUACCAGAUGGAAAUGACACCUACGAAGAGUAUAGUAAUGCAUCAAAGAAUGGUUUAGGGCAUGGGGUUGAUCUGAUUAAGUUGCCUAAGACACUUGGACUUGGUGUAGCAGCGAGGAACAUGGCUGAAGAGAUUGUAGUUGUUAAAGAAGAUGUCAAGGCUAAGUUGCAUGCUACAGGCUCACAGAGUUUGAUUCCUAUUGAUCUUGAAAUCGAGGCCACUGCACGCAAGCAAGGGGGUAGAAGGAGACAGAACAAGAACAAGAAGAAGGAUACAAUGGGUGACGAAGCACCAGCCAAAUCUCUCUGGGAAUAUGGUAUACCAGAUACAACUACUGGUGUACUUUCUAGUAUUGUCAGACCAGCUGUCACUGCUGCACACUUUGAACUGAAGCCUCAAUUUAUUCAGUUCAUCUCCAAUGAUUCAUUCUCAGGCUCGCCUAAUGACUGUCCUGUAAGUCAUAUUGAUAACUUUCUGGAGAAGUGUGACACUAUGAAGAUCAACAAUGUCACUGAUGAGGCCAUUAGGCUACGACUUUUCCCUUUUUCUCUGCGGGAUAGAGCCAAGGAGUGGUUGAAAGAUGAAGGUACAGGCUCGUUUGAUACAUGGGAUAAAUUGGUCAAGGCAUUCUUGGUGAAAUUUCUGGACCAAGAGAAGACUUCUAGAAUGAGAAAUGAGUUAACCACCUUUCGUCAAGCUGAAGAUGAGUCAUUGUAUGAGUCUUGGAGAAGAUUUAAACGUUUGCAAAGGCAAUGUCCUCAUCACGGGAUUCCAGAGUGGCUCUUAAUCCAAGCUUUCUAUAAUGGGUUGACGCAUGAGUAUCGGAUCUACAUUGAUGCUGCAUCAGGUGGCUCUAUCACUGCAAAGGUUCCAUCUGAAGCUAAGGCAUUAAUUGAGAAAAUGGCAGCUAAUGACAACUAUCACCCAGGUGGUCGGAACAGUGCUAAAAAGGGAGGUAAAUAUAAUGUUGAUGCUUUAACCAUGUUGACCAGUACUGUGCAGGCACUAUCUCAAAAGUUUGAUCAAUUUCAAACUGGGUCAUCUACGGUAGCUUCAUGUGAAGUAUGUGGAAUACAAGGACAUAUUGCUAAUGAUUGUCAAAUCAAUAAUGCUGGGUUGACAAUUGAACAAGCCAAUGCUCUUUACAACAACAAUAACCAGAGACGGCCAUUUGAUCCUUAUUCCAAUACAUACAACGAGGGGUGGAAGCACAAUCCUGCAUUCUCAUACAAGAACACUCAAAAUCAGCUUAAUCCACCACCACCGCGCAACAACUUCAAUCAACCUCCAGGUUUUCAAGCUAGACCACCUUUCAACCAGCAAUCUUUCAAUCAACAGGCCCCUCCACAACCAAAGUCCAAUUUGGAAGCUAUGGUUGAGUCUCUUGCUGCCUCACAACUUAAGCAAGACAAGUAUUGGGAAGGGCAGAUGAAGCAAAAAGAUUUCCUUGCUACCUCAAUUCAACAAAUUCAAGCUCAGAACAAGCUCAUGGAGAGUCAGAUAAGUCAACUUGAUCACCAAGUAGGUCAAUUCUCAAAGACUCCAGGCCAAUUUCCGGGAAAUACUGAGCAACCGCCUAAGGGCCAGAUGAAUGCUGUAACUUUGAGGAAUGGUAGAGUAUUAGAAGACCUUCCACCAAAGGAACCUCAAAAGAAAGUGAUUGUGGUAGAAGAAGAGAAAGAUGAAUCUGAAAAAGUGGUUGAAGAAGAAAAAAAGGAACCGAUUGUUUCUCCCAUUGAGCCAUACAAGCCACCUGUUCCUUUUCCACAGAGACUAGCACAGGCUAAGCUAGAGAAGAAAUAUGGGAAGUUCCUUGAGGUCCUGAAGAAGCUGCACAUCAACAUCCCUUUCCUGGAUGCUAUCUCAGAGAUGCCUUCUUAUGCUAAGUUCUUAAAAGACAUGCUCUCAAAUAAGAGGAAGAUUGAAGAGAAUACAACUGUUUCAUUGACAGCUGAGUGUAGUGCCAUUUUGCAGAACAAGCUUCCAAAGAAGCUAGGAGAUCCAGGCAGUUAUUCUAUUCCUGUCAAGCUUGGUGAUAUUGAGAUCAAGAAAGCAUUAUGUGAUCUUGGGGCAAGUGUGAGUCUUAUGCCCUUGUCAAUCUGCAAGAAGCUUAAUAUGGGUGAACUGAAGCCCACACGCAUCUCCCUACAACUGGCGGAUAGAACAGUUAAGUUUCCCCUUGGUAUCCUUGAAGAUGUUCCACUCCGAGUAGGAAAAUUCUUCAUUCCAUGUGAUUUUGUUGUGAUGGAAAUGGAGGAAGAUGCACAGGUUCCCAUCAUACUUGGAAGACCCUUUUUGGCCACUGCUGGAGCCAUAAUUGAUAUGAAGAAUGGGAAGAUCACCUUUGAAGUGGGUGACGAGAAGAUGGAGUAUACACUCACAAACUCCAUGGGUUCUCCUUCUAUGGGAGAAACUAUCUAUAGGGUGGAUGCUCUUGAUGAGGCGAUAGAAGCUAAGGCUUUCAGUUUGCAACUUGAUGAUUCGCUACAGACAGUCUUGAUGGGCAGUGCAGAUGAAGAGGAUUGGGAGACUAGGGAGUACAAGAGGCUCUUGGAAGAGACACGAGCUUUAGCAUCUGAAAAUCCUAUCAAGGAGGUGUUUAAACCGAGAGAAUAUAAGGAGAGUCCCACGCCUCCUGAGGUAGAGUUGAAACCCCUUCCCUCUAAUUUAAAGUAUGUUUUCUUGGGUUCUAAUGAUACAUACCCUGUUAUUGUUAAUGCUGAACUUGAUGACAUUCAGAUUGAGCAAUUGCUUACUGUUUUGAGAAAAUAUAAGAAUGUCAUUGGGUACACCAUUGAUGAUAUUAAGGGGAUUAACCCUUCAUCUUGCAUGCAUAAAAUCAUUCUUGAGGACGAUCAUGCUUCUUCUAUUGAACCUCAAAGGAGACUUAAUCCUAACAUGAGGGAUGUAGUCAGGAAAGAAGUUGUUAAAUUGCUUGAUGCAGGUAUAAUCUACCCUAUCUCAGAUAGUAAGUGGGUUAGCCCGGUGCAAGUAGUUCCAAAAAAAGGAGGUAUGACCGUUGUCAAGAAUGAUAAAGGUGAGCAAAUUCCCACUAGAACUGUGACAGGGUGGCGCAUAUGCAUUGAUUAUAGGAGAUUGAAUAAAGCCACCCGAAAAGAUCAUUUCCCCCUCCCAUUUAUUGAUCAGAUGUUAGAGAGGUUGGCAAAGCAUUCCUUUUUCUGUUGGUUAGAUGGAUAUUCAGGCUUUUUCCAAAUUCCUAUCCAUCCUGACGAUCAGGAAAAGACUACUUUCACAUGCCCUUAUGGUACUUAUGCUUAUCGUAGGAUGCCAUUUGGAUUAUGUAAUGCUCCUGCCACCUUUCAAAGAUGCAUGAUGGCAAUUUUCUCAGGUCUUAUUGAGAACUCUAUGGAAGUAUUUAUGGAUGACUUCUCUGUCUAUGGAACAUCUUUUGAUGUUUGUCUUGAUAAUUUGGAAAAGGUGCUCCAUAGAUGUCAAGAAGUCAAUCUAGUUCUCAAUUGGGAAAAGUGCCAUUUCAUGGUACAACAGGAAGUCGUUUUAGGUCAUGUUGUUUCUCAUAGGGGCAUCGAAGUUGAUAGAGCAAAGAUAGAGGUCAUUGAGCGCUUACCACCUCCCAACUCCGUAAAAGGGGUAAGGAGUUUCCUUGGUCAUGCGGGCUUUUAUCGUCGUUUUAUCAAGGACUUUUCAAAAAUUGCUCGGCCUCUAACUGAACUUUUAUGCAGAGAUGUCCCCUUUGUUUUUACUGAUGCUUGCACUGAGGCUUUUGACAGGCUAAAUCAAGCUCUCAUAUCUGCCCCUAUCAUUCAGUCACCUGACUGGAAUCUUCCAUUUGAGAUCAUGUGUGAUGCCAGUGACUAUGCAGUGGGGGCAGUGUUGGGCCAGAGGAAGGAUGGCAAGCUACAUGCAAUCUACUAUACGAGCAAGACUCUUGCCCCAGCACAAAUGAACUAUGCCACAACAGAGAAAGAGUUAUUAGCAGUAGUGUAUGCUAUGGAGAAGUUUCGGUCCUAUCUGGUUGGAUCGAAGGUGAUAGUUCACACGGAUCACGCAGCACUGAAGUACUUGAUGAGUAAGAAAGAUGCUAAGCCUCGUUUGAUUCGUUGGAUUUUGCUACUCCAAGAAUUUGACUUGGAAAUUAGGGACAAGAAGGGAGCCGAAAAUGUUGUUGCUGAUCAUCUCUCCCGACUUGUCCUUGAGGGUGAAAGUGACGAGGAUCUCCCUAUUGAUGAUUCAUUUCCUGAUGAGAAACUCCUAGUUAUAGCUACUACAGAGAUCCCAUGGUAUGCUGAUAUAGCCAAUUAUCUGGCUUGUGGUACUAUUCCUCACGGUUAUUCAUCACAGCAAAAGAAAAAAUUCUUUAAAGAGGUGAGAAGACAUUUCUGGGACGACCCUUUUCUUUAUAAGUCUUGUGCAGAUGGGGUGAUUCGGAGGUGCAUUCCAGAAAAUGAAACUAGUGGUCAAGUAGAAAUUUCUAACCGGGAAAUCAAAACCAUCUUGGAAAAGACGGUUGCGAGAACAAGGAAAGAUUUGUCUGCGAAAAUUGAUGAUGCACUUUGGGCGUACAGGACUGCUUUUAAAACACCUAUUGGUACGACUCCAUAUAGACUUGUGUAUGGUAAGGCUUGUCAUCUUCCUGUUGAGUUGGAACACCGUGCGUUUUGGGCUAUCAAAGCUCUUAAUUUUGACUCUCAAGCAGCAGGCGAGAAAAGACUCCUACAACUUAAUGAGCUAGAUGAGCUUCGACUAGAUGCUUAUGAAAGUUCAAGGUUGUACAAGGAGAAAACGAAAAGAUGGCAUGACAAGCAUAUUUUGAGAAGAGAGUUUAAGGAAGGCGACUUAGUUCUCCUCUUUAACUCUAGAUUAAAACUUUUUCCUGGCAAACUUCGCUCUAGAUGGUCGGGACCGUUCCGAGUCAGUAAGGUUUUCCCUUAUGGUUCAAUAGAGCUCUGGAACAGACAAAAUGGAACUUUUAAGGUGAACGGUCAAAGAGUGAAACACUACAGAGUUGGAGACCCUAUUGACGAGAGUGUUGAUAUCACACUUUCCGAACCUUCACCGGAAUGAGUUAUAAAGGAGGUCGAGCUUAUGACCUUAUAAACAAGCGCUUUUGGGAGGCAACCCAACUAAUUUCUAAUUAAUUUCUUUUCUUCUUCUACUUUAUUUGUUUAUCAACUUUUGC